CGAGAUGCCGAAAGAACAGGAGAUCGUUGGCAGCGCCGGCAGAGACUUUGCUAUGCUCGAGCGUAACCUAUUGUCCCAUCUCCGUCUGGCUGUGCUGCUGUCCCUCCUCUCCUCGUCGCUUCUUCUCCAUACUCGUCUGCCUAUCCCCAGCGACCCAGGAUCCGCGCAGACACCCGCGUCGAAGACGGGUCUGGCCACUGCAAUUAUAGAAGUCAUAGCAGCCGUCGCGGCCAUAGCUGCGGGCGUCUGGGAAUAUUGGCAAGGAUACGCAGAUAUGAACGCACAGCGUGGCUUCUUGCGGGCAAGCCAGACCCAUCUCGCCGUUCUCAGUGGCAUUGGCCUCGUCGUGUUCGCGACCUGCAUGAUGCUCAUUGCCAAAGAUGUUUGAUUGCGCCCCACACGACCAGGUCCGCACCAGCCCUGCUCGAUGCCGCCUGCUGGCAGCUGCAUAGUCUUCACCCCCUGUAGCGCGGCUGACGGAUGGACGUCCGCAAUCUAUCUUCUCUGUCCAGGGCUGCGUUCUUUGAUGAUCGUCCUUCUGCGCCCUGAUAGUUCCCACCGUGCAUGCACGGGCAUGCGCAGCUAAACCGGCACUCGUGCACUGGGAACUGCACGGCUGUACCGCCCGUUCCUUGUGCCUCAUCCC